AUGCCGGAGUACUACCAAGGGCCUAACAACUCGGCCAAGCUCAAAGCCGUGACGCUUACGUUGCUGGCUAGUGCUACUAUUUUAGUCACAUGGAGAAUAUCCUGGCGUCUCUGGAAGAAGGUCAUUGGACUGCCAGAUUACCUAUUGAUAGUUGGUCUAUCCUUGAGCAUCUGUCUUGCUGGCUUUAACCUAGACCCAUACUUCCGAUGGGGCUAUGGUUAUCACAAAGAUGACCUGCCGCCGGAGAUCCAGAAAGCUUUAACGCCGAAGAUUUGCUUCUGGCUUAACCAGGUCUUUUUCAAGGCGACAGCAGGCGUGAUCAAGCUUUCUAUUUGUACUAUCUAUAUGAACAUCUUCAGCAAACCUGUUCUAUUGAGUACAAAAAUUGCACGGUAUGCCAAUUUUGCACUGAUGGGCGUCAUCAUCGCCUAUUACACUGGCGGCACUCUGGUAUCAACUUUUCAGUGCAACCCGAUCCGUAAAGCCUGGCAAGGUGAUAUCGACGGGACAUGCAUCGACAACACCAAGUUCCGUGUAGCAAAUGCCUACAUUAACUCUUUUACGUCUGUCUUGCUUGUUUUGAUACCAUUUCCUGCUCUUCUGUCAACAGGGCAUCGGACAAAGGAGAUAUGGCAAUUCCUCUUUCUCAUUGCCUUGGGACUUGCACAUACGGCUUGUGCUGUGGUUCGCGUUGUGAUGAUCUACGUGCCGAACGAGGGAGCUGCUACUGAUCCUCACUGGUACAACACUACGCCCAAUACUCUCGCCAUGGCUGAGAUAUUCACGGCCGUCAUUGUGUCUACUAUCAUGACGAUGCGCCCUUGUUUCCAGGUUGUCUUUAGUGGGAUAGCGACGACCGUCACGAGUACCUCACGCACACGAAGGACUAGAAUGGACAGCUCAGGUGCUAUGACAUCAACCGCAAGCCAAAUACGAAGGGCUGAUCGUCAAGGUUUUAGCAAGAUCGGGACAGCCAAGACUGAGGUGUUGAACAUUGAGUUGCAGAGCAGAGACCGCAGUACUGAAGAGUUAUUUGUGCCCGGUCGCCAUACCAGUACAAAGCAUGAAAAUGUGUAG